AUGCCGCCCAUGAAGGAGGAGAACCCAUACGGCUGCCUUGGGCAAAACCAGACGCUCCCGGCAGAUCUCUUUCGCAAAUCAUCCGGCCCCAAGCGCGAAAAGGUGCGCGCCAAGCUGCGGAACCUCUUCAAUGCUCCGACUGGCGCCGAGAACAUACCCAGGGACCAGCAGCUUCCACGGUUUCUUCCUUUUGAGGAACGCGCGGAAUGGCGCAAGGCCAACGCCGUGACACUCACUUCUGGUGCUGCUUUCCCGUCGUACCAGUCGAACAGGUUCAAGGCAAGGAAAGCCUCGGUCAAUAUGGAUCUUUGUCUUCUGGACGACUAUUCUCCUUCGCCGCAGGAGUACACGGAACCUGAUAUCCUCAUGAAGGUCCUUCAUCACGGCCAUGGUCUCGGUAGCAAGACAUCUUUGUCUGCACAGGUUGAUGAACAUGUCCAGAAGAAGAACCCCCCGGAAGCCGACAAUUGCCACGCUCACGACUUCUCGUCAUCCUCAUAUAUCAGUGCCAGCAUCGGCAAGAUCCAGUCACGGCCAGAAUCCCCUGUUCAGUCUCACGCGAAGGAUGCGAUCCCAGAUACCCAACUCCUGCAAGCUAUCCGCAAGCUUCGAAUCAGUUCGUCAAGCCCUGGAGUUCAAGGCACGCCAUCGGCUGCCACCGAAUAUCGCAUCUCUCGGUCCCACAGUUCAAGCAGCCGCAAGCUGUCAUCUUCAAACGAGCCUCGACAUGCGAGACGUGCUAUGAGCUCGAGCAAUGACAACAAUGCACAUCUUAACAAAACAGAGAUUACUCAUUUCAUGGCAUCUCAGGCUGAUGAAACAACAGCUGAACUGGAAGCACCUCGGCACCGAUGUCCCACUGCACAUACAUUCGCUAGUUCCUAUCGGUCCUGUCAAACGAGCAUCAAGUCCGGUGUACUGGAAUCAUCAAUGGGCGUCGCGCAAGUGUCCCGGGGCAACGCCAUCUCCGACAAGACGGAUUCAAGUGUCCGAGAACUCCGGGGGCAGAAGUCCACCGACCGCAGAUCCUCCGAUGACACGUCUGUAUCGGCCGAACCAUCUGUGUUGGAGCUACCAAGCCCAGUAGCCUCAGUUCCAUUGCAAAAGCCUGCUGGCAAGGGACGUCUUCAAAAGAAGAAGCCUAAGACAAGGAAAGCUGAUGGACAGUGUGUCACCAAGGGUGUUCUAGAAGGACACAGUAGUACCAAGCAGCAGGAAAACAUAAAGAAGCACAAGCACAGCCUUAUUACCCGAGCAAGAAAGGCCCUCUCGCAGCGUCGCCGUCGUGUCCAAGCCUGGCUGAGGAACACACGAGAGAGCUGGCAUGGUGUGGACGCCAAGGCUGAGCUGCGCAGACGCAAGAAGAAGAGGCAGUCCCACGCUCCACUUCUUCGUCCAGUGCGCAGCGUGUUCGGGUUGCGGAACAUCUCGAGCGACACUGUGGUCGUCGGAUCCAUGGAGAAGGAGGUUGAAAGACGUGCCAGCGACCCGGUGCUACGGCCCAGAUACAGUGUCUUCAGCUUUCGUUCGGGAGUGAGUACGAGGCGUGGGAGGGUUUAA